CACGCCGCGGCGGGGGCGCAUGCGCGGUGCGCGGCUCCGCGGCUGGCUCGGCGGCGCUGGGGCUGCUGCUGCCGCCGAUCGCCGCCGCAGGUCUCCAGAAGGCUGAACAAUGUCAGGAUUCCUUGAGAGCCUGAGGUGCUCCGAGUGCGUGGACUGGGGCGAGAAACGAAACACGAUCGCCUCCGUUGCUGCAGGAGUGCUGUUUUUCACAGGCUGGUGGAUAAUCAUAGAUGCAGCUGUGAAGUACCCUAAAGUAGAAGACUUCAACCACUCAUACCAUGCUUGUGGGGUUAUAGCCACUAUUGCAUUCCUCAUGAUCAAUGCUGUGUCCAACGGGCAGGUGCGGGGCGACAGCUACAGCGAGGGCUGCCUGGGACAAACAGGUGCUCGGAUCUGGCUGUUCAUUGGGUUCAUGAUGGCUUUUGGCUCUCUGAUUGCUUCCAUGUGGAUCCUCUUUGGAGGCUACGUUGUUAAAGAGAAAGCAGCAGUGUACCCAGGGAUUGCUGUGUUUUUCCAGAAUGCCUUCAUCUUUUUUGGAGGCCUGGUCUUCAAGUUCGGCCGCACGGAAGAUCUGUGGCAGUGAGCGCGGCUGCGGAGCUGUCCUGCCUCUGCUGCUUUUUAAACUCCACACUCCCAACGUUUUGUAAACCCCACUUUGUAAACAGUUGUGUGUGGAGAGAAGUGAAGGAGAACUUCAAUCCUAGCACUAAAAUCCUGCUCCUGUUCCGUUGGGAUUUUUUUUACUCUCCUGUGUUCAUUCCACUGUUGUCCUGCUCUUGACAAAGGUCAGGUUGCUGCCAGUGCUGAGGGCAGUCACUUUCUGCUAGGAUGUUUGCUGCAAGUUAACAGUGUAGAGGGAAAAUGGAUCUAUUUAACCAGCUCUUUCUAGGACAUUGACAGUCCAAAUGCUUUAACCCCUCCUUUUGGAGCUCUAUUUAUUAACUGUUUCUGUUCCUGGACAAUAUAACCAUUUCUGCCCUUUCA